CUCCACUUUGCGUGCAUAUUUCCAACUCUGACCGAUGAAGGCACAGAAGCUGACUCUGGAGAGCGAUCAGCUCCGCGUGAACAUUCAUGUGGAUGAUGUCGGGCAAGUCCUUCUGCAGAGCAUCGAGCCGUUGUCCGGGAAGAUCAAUCUUGAAUCAUUUCCUAAACGUCGCUUCGAUCACUCGCUACUUCCCUUGACCCAGGUACGAGUCGAUUGCCACGGUAACGCCAGCUACAAGACGUCUACAUCACUCAUCGGAAGUACCGACAGUCUCAACCUCCGUUAUGAAUCCCAUGAAUUGCGAUCCGAUGAUCUAUCCAAAUCACUCGACGUGGUCCUGAAGGAUUCAGAGACCGGUGUGUCAGUGAACUCGCAUCUCCAGAUCUACAAUGGGAUACCUGUGCUCAGAUCCCAUGUCACCAUUCAAAAUGACUCUCACAAGCCACAUGACCUUUAUCAAGUUUCGAGUCUUGUGGUUCCAGCCAUGGCUCGAUGCCCAUCAUGGUGGCACAAGUACAGCGUGUCCUACGCUCGUAAUACUUGGUUCAGGGAAGCUCAGUGGGACACUCAAACUCUUUCGAGCCUCGGGAUCGACGAUUUCGGCAUCUACGACAUACCUGACCCGAAGGACGCCUCUCUCGCCAACUUUUCGUUGUCCAACGACUCGACUUUCUCGACUCAGGGUCAUCUGAAUAUGGGUGCGUUACAUGGUCCCGGGCACACCUGGAUGUGGCAAGUCGAGAGCAACGCAGCCUGGACAUGGGAGAUCGGCGAUUUCCGAGACAACGUCUACUUAGCGACCGCUGGUUCAACACGCGGAUGGAGUCUCGUCCUUCAGCCUGGAUCGAGUCACACCACCUGUCCCACGGCAUUGGCUUGCGUCAAUGGGGAUUUCGAAGAGGCCAUGUCUGCGUUAACGGCUUAUCGCCGGACCAUCAUCCGACCGCAUAAGGAUCACACCGACCUGCCCGUCAUCUUCAAUGACUACAUGAACUGUCUUCUGGGUGACCCAAAUGAGGAGAAGAUUCUCGCGUUGAUACAACCAGUCGUGGAUGCUGGAGCAGAAUAUUUCGUCAUCGACGCUGGUUGGUACGCCGAUGAUUCCGACUGGUGGGAUGGGGUCGGAGAAUGGGUGCCCUCUACGAAGCGUUUCCCAAAAGGCUUCUCAUGGCUGAUUGGAGAGAUUGAAAAGAAAGGGCUCAAGCCCGGUCUCUGGUUGGAACCCGAAGUCAUCGGCGUGAAGAGUCCGCUCGCCUCUAAGCUCCCUCUCGAGGCAUUCUUCCAACGCAAUGGCCAACGCGUUGUAGAGAAAGGCCGAUAUCAACUCAACUACAAGCAUCCUCUUGUUAGACAGCACAUGGAUGAGGUAGUGUCUCGUCUCAUCGAGACAUGUCACGUCAAAUACUUCAAGUUUGAUUACAACAUCCAGACUUCCCUCGGGACCGAUACGGCAAACGGAAGCUCGGCCGAGGGUCAAGCUGAGCAUUGUCUCGCAUACCUCGCGUGGGUGAAGCAGACUCUGGAUCGAUAUCCCGAACUUGUCAUCGAGAACUGCUCUAGUGGUGGACAACGGCUAGACUAUGCCAUGCUUUCCGUUCACACGCUUCAAUCGACCAGCGACCAGCAGGAUCCAGUUCGAUAUGCGGCUAUUGCCGCUGCGUGCCCUACGGCUGUCAUCCCGGAACAAAGCGCGACAUGGGCAUAUCCUCAACCAGACUGGAGCGACGAGAUCAACGCCUUGACCGUGGUGAACAGUCUUUUGGGCCGGAUACAUCUCAGUGGCCGACUUGACCUACUGUCCGCAUCUCAGCAUCAACUCGUCGCGGAGGGUAUGCAAGUCUACAAGGAAUAUCGCAGUAGAAUCCCGUAUUUCAAGCCAUUCUGGCCGCUUGGACUUCCCAAAUGGCAUGAUGAGUGGCUUGCUCUGGGCAUGUGGUCCUCUGCAGCGAGCGGUGAGGCGGAAGCUUUCAUCUCCGUUUGGCGCCGAGGCGGUCCAACAACCAUGAGCUUGCCCAUGUCAAACCUCGGCAGCAGAAAAGUCUCAGUGCAGGUUCUAUAUCCUGUCAGCAUGGAGGCAGAGGUAAAUUGGGACUCCAGCGAUAGAGCUUUGCUUGUAAAGCUGCCAGAGCACAUAUGUGCGAGACUUCUGAAGAUCAGCAUGCAUUAGGUGUAUCUCGG